GUCGUGAUAAGGGACACCACCGAGGAGGAUGCAGACUGUUCUUUUCUUGAUACUGGUCAUCGUGUUUGCGGUGCUGUUGGUUGAAGCCAAGCAGAAGAUGCGAAAAGAUUGCAAUGAGUUAGAGAGAAAAGCUAAGACGGGAGGGAGAAACAUGACGAAAGAUGAGAAGAAAGGGCACGAGCAAUGUAAACACAGAAAUAAAAGACUCAAAAGAUGCAGGUUCCUCAUCGCGAAGGAUGAGAGCGAAAAACCCGACUUAACCGAGGUCGAUUCGCUUAACCUGGCUAAAUGCGAAGCAUUGAUACGUGUUAUCACUGCGAUGCACUUAGACAGAUGCAAUAAUAUUUACAGGAAUUUAAUGAAAUUCCACGGCAACGUUACAAAAGAGUAUAUUAAAAAUAUGACAGCGACAAGUCCAUGUAAAGAGCAUUUCUUUCGAGUCAAGCGGAGAGAAGAGACAAUUAAAAUGUGCUGGCCACUACAAGAGAAGCUAGACAAAAAGCAACAACUUUCUGAAGAAGAAAAAAGAAAACUGAACGAGCAGUGCAAAAUCAAUGGCAUUUGGCAACAGCUGUUGAGACAAUGGUCGAAGAAAGUAGAUCAAAAACGUAGACGUCGAUUAAAAACAAAACAGGCUUGUGUGAAUGCACUGAGAAACAAAGCACAAGACAGAAGAAUGUCGAUGAGAGAUACGAUGAUCGCCAGGACCAACCCGUGGUGUAGGGAGAAGCUAAUCAGCUUUAAAAGGUGCAUUGAUAAUAGAAUCCCAAGGAGGGAUUGCUGGCGCCGGAUUACGAAAAAGAUGAUGUUGUAAAAAUAUUCAGACAUUCAAAAACGCCAAGGUGCCCAAUCAAUCGAAGUGCAAAAUGAAAUGGACAAACACACCAAAUGAUUGAGAAUGUGCAACCUGAUAAAGAAUGUCGUCAGGAAUAAGAAGAAAAAGGGGGCACAUGCCAUGCCAAGCAGUGACUAAAGUCAAGGGUGAAGCUGUUUGCAUCGUAUGCAGCAAGACCUUUCUUGAUCUUAAACAAAAUUGCAAGAGCAAAUGGUAAAAUGUCCUUCCUCCACAACCACCAUAAGGAUUUCCAAACAGGGGUUGUGGUGAUUGGAUAUAGUAACCUAAAAUCAACUCAUUCUAAGAUAGAAGGAACCUAACUUUGCCAGACUCAGUGGUCUAAGGAUCAACUUUUCAGUUGAUCCUUAGAUCAACUGAAAAGUCAUGUGUCAUGUCCUUUCGAGAAAUCCUUUCCACCAGACUUGUUAUAUGGUAGACUAUGAUAGAUGUUUGUUACUUCGAAUGGAGGAGACCAAAAUAAAUAUAAUCCGAAAUG